AUGGAAAAUGCCACCAAACAAUUAUAUGCUGUUCUAUAUCGAGCCGUUCGAUGCUGUUCUGAUGUGGAAAAAUUCCAUAGUGAACUACUUUAUAUUCAGGUAUCAUUUGUGACAUUUGGUUGUACAUCAGAAUUUAUUCUUUCUGGUAUUCAACGUUUUUACCAACAAUUUAAUAUACUAGAAAAAUUCUGGGAUUUACGUUUGAAUAAUAAUGAAUAUGAUCAUUUACGUCGGUGUAUCGUAGAAGAUGUCGAACAACAAAUAAAAUUGAAGCAACAACGUGAGCAAGCAAAAGAACAUACAUUAUUCAUGCCAUGCCCACGUUUAAUGGAUGAAGAAAGUACCGAUGCUUUCAAACAAUGUUUUGAAUAUUGGUGGAAUAAAUAUUAUGCUAAUGAAUCACCAAGAAACUCUAUUCAAAUCAAAUGGAUAGAACAAACACCAACUUGUUUGACAAAUAGUAAUAUUCUGAUCAACAGACGACCACCUCUUCGUCUUUUAACUUUGUCAAAACAUCAUCAAAACAAAAAAAGAUACCAUCCUAUGGAUCCAUUUUUAACCAAUAUUACUCGUCCAUACUACAAGGAUGAAUGA